AUUUCACCACCAAACUGUCUCGAUCUGUCACCGCUACGUGGCUUGCCGUUCUCCACUGAAGUGCUCAAAACUCAACAAAUCCUCAACCAGUGUGCAUUGAAAAAACGUUCCUACCACAAAAUGAACCCGAAAGCCGUGCUUGUGUUCGCCCUGGUGGCCGUUUCCGCUUCCCUCUGCCGGGCCAGUUCCUGCAGCAACCCGGAGGUCAAGUCCAGCUUCUUUUCCACUUCCGAUGCCACCAUCGUCAGCCAGAUUGCCUUCGUGACGGAAUUCACCCUGAAGUGCUCCAAUGCCGGAGCCGAGAAGCUGCCCCUGUUUGCCGAAGUCGGUGGAAAGUUGGCCCCGGUUGUCCGCGUUGGCGACAGCAAGUACCAGGUCAGCUGGAAUGAGGAGAUCAAGAAGGCCAGCAGCGGCAAAUACACCAUCCGGCUGUUCGACGAGGAAUCAUUUGCCGCUGUCCGCAAGGCUCAACGCGCCGGAGAGGACAUCCAGUCGGUGAAGGCCCUGACCAGCGUGGUCGUGAGCUUCCCCGGUGCCUACAAGGGACCGUGGAUCAACUCGGAAAUCCUGGCCACCGGAGUUGUCGGAUUCGUGGCGUACGUUGCCUUCUCGACCCGCAGCAAACUGUUGGCGUAAGGAGGAUCAUUGCAGUGCGCAAGGGAAGAGAUUUGAGUUUUAGAUUUAUACGUUCACCAUCAUCGUCGAUUGAGCGUUUUUUUUCUUUUCGAUUUUUUUCAUCGUGAGCAUUUUUUGUUGUUUUCUCAUACAAGUAGGGAACUUAAUUUAAUUUAUAAAAAAAAUAAUUUGUUUGCAUGAGGAAUUAGCAGAAACCGAUUUAUUGCUAACACCGGACACAUGUUCUAGAUGUGAUCCAAAAAGGCUUCUCAAGACUGGAGUAAAAGCGUGCGAAUAAAAUGCUAAAUGACGAAAAAAA